CUGGGCCAAGUUAUAACAACUUGGCAACCGAUUCACACAAACACUGGCUAAGAGGGAGAAGGGAACAAAGGGAGUGCUACUACAGUCCUGUGGUUGCUUUAAACAAGUACAGAAAGUCCUGGGCAGGUCAGAGGGGCGCCUUUGAAAGAUGCCUGAUUCUGGUGACAGAAUUAAUGUGAUAGGUCAUGGUGCAUGCUUGAUAGCAACAGCACAAGUUUGGACUUCUUUGGAACAUAGAAAACUAGGUUCGCAUAUGGAAUUCUGCGCAGUUUUCAGGUCCCGGGGGUUUCCUCGUCUGACCCUGUUUGAUGUCAAGGAAGAAGUUGCUUCUGCCAGUAGCAAAUGCAAAUAUGAGACACUGCAAGUUUCUACUGAAGACAACAUCACAAAGAUCAUGCUAAAUCGUCCAAUGAAAAAAAAUGCUGUCAACCUUGUGAUGUACAGAGAAAUUAUGCAAGCGCUUGAAGAAGCUGCCAAGGACGACUCUGUUAUAACUGUUGUAACAGGAAGUGGUGAUUACUACUCUAGUGGAAAUGACCUCAACAAUUUCACAGAAAAUUUGGAGCAGAUAAUAAAAAACAAUGGCGAGUGGAUAAAGAAUUUUGUCAACCAUUUUAUUGAUUUUCCUAAGCCACUGGUUGCGGUGGUGAAUGGUCCAGCUCUUGGAAUCUCUGUGACUCUUCUUGGGCUGUUUGACAGUGUCUAUGCUACUAACAGGGCAACAUUUCAGACUCCUUUUAUCCAACUUCGCCAAACUCCAGAAGGCUGCUCUACUUACACCUUCCCUAAAAUAAUGGGCACAGCUAAAGCAAAUGAGAUGCUGCUUUUCAACAAGAAGCUGACUGCAAGGGAAGCUUGUGCUCAGGGACUUGUGACUGAAGUUUUUCCUGACCAAGUUUUUCAGGAGGAAGUCUGGAGAAAGCUGAAAGCUUUUGCAAGUCUCCCCAAAAAUUCCCUGGCACUGUCAAAGCAGUUAAUCCGAAGUGUGGAAAAGGAAAAGCUCUAUGCAGUUAAUUCCCAAGAGUGUGAGCAGAUUGUGAAGAAAUACUUUUCAAAGGAAUCCAUGAAUGCAUUUAAGAGCUUCUUUCAAAAAAAGUCAAAAAUGUAGCCACAUAACCAAGAACGGAAGUAAAAUACCUGUUUCUCUGAUGGA